UACAUCAACUGUGGUAACCUGGAACAGCUAUUAGACAGUAACCAGCACCUGCCCUGGACAGUGAGGGUGAAACUGGCAUAUGACAUUGCAAUGGGAAUCAGUUAUCUUCACUAUAAAGGCAUUUUCCACCGAGACCUUACAUCCAAGAACUGCUUAAUAAAACACGAUGAGAACGGAUACUCAGCAAUAGUUGGAGACUUUGGUUUAGCAGAGAAAAUUCCUGAUCACAGUGAGAAGUUACCAGUGGUGGGUUCACCCUUCUGGAUGGCACCAGAAGUUCUCAGAGAUGAACCUUACAAUGAAAAGGCGGAUGUGUUCUCCUAUGGUAUAAUUCUGUGUGAGAUUAUAGCAAGAAUACAGGCUGAUCCAGACUAUCUCCCUCGCACAGAGAAUUUUGGAUUAGAUUACGAUGCCUUCCAGCACAUGGUGGGAGACUGUCCCCCUGACUUCCUCCAGCUGGCCUUCAACUGCUGUAAUAUGGAUCCAAAGUUGCGUCCUUCAUUUGCUGAUAUUGUCAAAACACUGGAGGAGAUUUUAAACCGCCUGAGAAAUGAGGACUCAGAGAGAAAGUUUUUGAACCUUGACAACAGUGAAAGAAAACCCAAAGGGUCAAUUGAAAAAGGACCAGGAGUAAAACGUUUGAGUUCCCUGGAUGAUAAGAUCCCACCCAAGUCACCCCGUCCGCGUCGGAAUAUCUGGUUGUCACGCAGCCAGUCGGAUAUCUUCUCCCGGAAGCCUUCCAGGAAAAUAAAUGUGCAGGACCCCUACUAUACACCAAGCAAAGGGUUAGGCCGGAAAGUUAAUCCCUUCAGUGCCCGGGAGGACCUCAAGGGGGGGAAGAUCAAAUUCUUUGACAUGCCAAGCAAGUCGGUGAUUUCCCUGGUGUUUGACUUGCAUUCCCCAGAGGCAGGUGGAGGCCUGAAAGCCAGCCAGCCCCAGUUCCGGCAGGCGUAUAGCACAGACUGGCAAGAAGUUUCCCUUCUUCCUCGGAGGAGGUGCAGAUCACUUCCACUGUCUCCUGAAUUGCCGCACAAAGAGUAUGGCCUGUUUGGGGGACUGUCUUCAACUGUCAGCAGGUGUGACCCAACUCAGCUAGGCGCAGAGGUUCGGCAAAAACUCCUGAGUAGCAGUAAAUACGGUGUGUCAGAGAUUCCCCCCUUUCAAGCCAAGGCUCACAGGCCAGAAUUUCUUCCUGUACCAGCACAAGAAGAGGAUAUGGACUGUUCAGAUGGGCCAGUGGCCCAGGAGGAAAAUGGGUUUUGUGCUGUUGAGAACACGUGCGGAGAUCCAGCAUGUAAUCAGUCAUUAGUGCUGGCCCAGCCUGAGCCACUAUCUUACAAAAAGCUCCUAGUUGAGAAUUCAGUGAACUCUGAAGGACAUGGCUCCUCACAAGUGUUUGUGGGUUGUCUCCCUUCUGAAGAGAUGGAGGUAGAAGAUGACCUACCGAAAAAUACUCCGCUGGAGUCUACAAAGCCUCUGUUCAGCGUUAGUCCUUCCACCGAGCUGAAGAGAGAGGCGUGGCCCUUCAGGGAGCAGGAUGGGGACAGUCCUGCCCCGGUGCCUCAGACCUCCUCCAACAUCUCAGCAAGUGGCAGCACGCAGACAACUUGCGACAUAUGA